AUGUCUACGAGUUAUCCAACUUCAACAAAUGGCGUGCCUUCAAUGCCUUCUCCCUAUUCUUCAGCCGGACCUUCUUAUCAUCCACCGUAUGGCGGUUUUCAGCAAAUGGAUCAGUUCCAGGUAUGUUUUUUUGGGAAAAAAGUUUUUCAUAAAUGCUUUUUUCGAGGAUUAGUGCAAUAUUGAAUUAUUAAUCCUUUUAUUAUUCAUGAAUUUUCAAAGGGCAUCACAUUUUUUCUUGUUUUUUUUUGAGAUAGACAUUUUUUAAUAACAAAAAAAUGUUUCAGGGUAUGUAUCCACCAACGUCGAAUUCCUCAUUCAAUAAUUCUAUGAAUGGAGUUCCACCGCUUGGCGGUCCACAUCAAUCAAUGCAUCAACCGCAACCACAGCAAAAUCAACAGCAACCUCAUCCUUCCCAGCAACAGCAAAUGAAUGGAAAUGCAAAACAUCCAUCACAAAUGAAUCCCUAUGAUAAUCGUAUUCCAAAUAAUUAUAUGAGUUAUCCCCCUCGAUCGCAGCCACAAGCAGCUUCACAGAUUCCACCUCAACAACAUCAGCAACAACAAAUGCAGCAACAUCCUAAUCAACAUCAACAAAUGAAUAAUAGUAUGAUAUCAUCUUCCAACGGACAUCCAAAUAUGAUGGGUUUCCCCGGCCCACCAAAUUCGCAACUCUCUUCUGGCACAUAUCCCCCACCAAAUGAUCAAUAUCGAAUGCAGCCGAUUGGUGCGCCUAUGCAGCCACCAAUGCAACCGCCGCAUAAUCCAUCUCAACAAUCUCUGCAACAACAGCAAAGUUUGCAAAAUCAUCAGCAAAUGGGACAUCCUUCGCAAAUGCAGCAACAACAUCCUGGACAACCAUAUCCAAAUCAGCAACAACAGCAAUCACAACAAAAGCAAAUGUUGCCACCGCAACAACCAAUGCGAACACCUUCGCAACAACCAAUGACACCGCAACAACAUCAAUUGAAUAUUUCUAGUCCGAUGCAGCAACAAACUAUGCGACCUCCAUCGAAUUCUCAACAGCAACAAGCUCAACAGGUAAAACUUACACAUUUAUUUCAGACGCUAGGGAUCACUAAACCUCACAGCUUCAAUUAACUUUUCUCUAGAUUUAUUUCCCCCAAAAAUUGAGCUUCUCGCUCCACUGCGCAACCUUUUUUCUACAAAGCUAAUUUUCUUGAAAAAUAAUUUUUCACUCAAGAUUUUUUACAUUUCCCGCAGAGCUGGUUGAAUAUUUGGAAUCUCUGGAGUUCCAAUUUCAUUUUCGAUUUUAUUUUUUGGAAUUUAGAAAUUCCUGAAUAAUUUUUCGAUAGUUCGGAAUUUGGGAAAGUUUAGAUUUCGGAAGCGCUUCCUAAAAACCUCGAUUUUCGAAAUUCCGAUAGUCCGACUUUCAACAACCCUCCAAAUUUUCAGUCAUAUCAUCAACCGGGAAGUAUGCCACCGCCAAUGAUGCCCGCUCCCAAUUCCCAACUGAACAUGUUCCAAAAACAAAACUCACUUCAAAAUCAACACCAACCACAUCCGAAUCAGCAACAUCCACAUCCAAUGCCUUCACCAUCUUUCGCGGUUCCCAGAGAAUUUACGCCAAUUCCAUCGCCAAGAUUUGUCGAAAAAGUGCCGUCACCUCCAAGAUUGGAUACACCCUUCACAACUGUGACGCAUUAUGAUAUGCCAGCGGCUAUGGUGCAUAUGAGAGAUCAAUUUAAAGUGAGUUUGUCUGAAAAUAUGCUGAAAUUCUUUAUAAAAUAAUUCAAAACUAACCUUGUUUUUUUCAGCGCAUCAAUCCGUCCGUGGAAAGGUAUUAUGGGCGAAGCAAGCAAAAAUUACGAAUGGCAUAUCCGGCUGGAAAAUCGGUAAGGUUUUGUUAUAUUUUCGAAGAAAAAAAAAAAGAGAAAUUGUGAAAAAUAACGCUAAUUUUAUUGAAAAAGUGUGUUUUUAUCAGCCAUGUAUCCAUAGUAACAAGUUUUUCAACAUAACAAUACCUAAUUAUAAAAUACCGAAUUUCAGACGUCAGCAGCUGUUGAGCCAGCCACAUUUGGAUUUUUGCGAGAGACAAAAUAUUAUCAUGAAAGAUUUGAACGACGACCACUUCAACAAAUGGUUCCGCCAUCGUUGAAUCGAUCGCAGUCGAUGCAAAUGAGCUCGACAAUGUCGCCAUCGUUUCCAAUGCAUCAACCAUCCACGUCGUCAGGAAAACCACCUGCCAAAAAAGCAAGAAGUGGUGAGUUUUUGUUUUGUUUUUGGAAAUCUGGAGAUGUAUUCAAAAAAAGCGUGGGAAAAAAUUCAAAAAUAAAUAUCGUAAAGUCAUCUAGUAAACUAUCAAUAUAAAAAACAAAAGUAGAAUCAAUUGUGUUUUUGAAUAGAAAAAUCUUCAAAAUUCAAAAAAUUCCCGCUAGGUUAAAAUUUCUAAAGAAUUUGAAAAGCCUUCUUUUUUUGAGCCAAAAUUCUCGAUUUUAAUUUGAAAAUGAUAAUAUUUUAUAUGUUGAGCCUUUAUUGAUUACUGUAUUCAAAUUAUACUACAUAUUUUUUGAGCCAACUUUUUUUUCAGUCAAGUAUUUGUAAAACUGGAAAAUCUUCCAGUUUUACAAAUCCUUCUUUUACGAGCCAAAAUUCUUGAACAUGAUGAAAGAUUUUUAUAAUACAAUUUUCAGCUUCGGAUGCUCACGACGAGAGCUCAUCAUUCAUGAACUCGAUGCAACACCAACAAAUGAUGCAUCAAAAACCACCAAACGGUAUGCAACAAAUGAGAUAUCCAGACAUGGACCAUCCAAUGCAUCAACUCCCACAUUCUUCCAAUCAACAACCUCCCCACCCACAAAUGCAACAGAAUCCUCAGCAACAAAAUCCACAACAAAUGAACACACCACAUUUCAAUGUUCCAAUGCAUUCAGCUCCCUCAACUAGCCAAGGUGGACGAGGUCGUCAACAAGCGCAACAUCAGAUGCAAGCACCUCAAAUGCAACCGCCGCAAAUGCAUCCGCCUCAAAUGCAGCCACCUCAAAUGACAGCUCAACAGCAGCAGCAUAUGCAGCAACAUCGAAUGCCGCCACCUCAAGUUCCACAAACAUCUCAACAAUCUCAACAUCCGCAGCAACAACAACAUAUUCCGAAUAUGAUGAUGAUGAAUAUUAAUGAUGGUUAGUUUUUUGAGACUUCAAUUUUCAGUUCUUAAAAGCGUUGACAUAAUUUUUAUUGAAGAGAACUACGGUUUCAAAGUUAAUAGACUAUUUUUUCAUAUAUUAAAUUUUAGGCUUUCAAAAAAAAACAAAAAAAACUAACGCAAAGAUCUUUGAACCCUUAAUUUUUCUGCACUUUUAUACAGCAUCUUUGUGCUAUUUUUAGACACAAAUCCAACCCCAAUUAAAAAAUUACACAAAAAGCGUUUUGAAAAAUAAAUAAAAUGAACGUCUUACAAUUCAUUGAUAAAUACAAGCCUGUAAAAAUCAAUCAAUUUUAUGGGAAAUAUUUGUUAUCUUUUGGUUUUUUUCCAGAAUAUUUUCAAGAACCAUAAAUUUUUUUAGACAUUUUUCUAAAAGAAAGUUUUUUCCAGGCCGGUAUCUCCCACAAAACGGACAUUCGAUGGAUCAUCAACAUCUUCCACAGCAACAGCAACAACAAGCACAACCCCCACAACAUCAGCCACAAAACCAUAUGCAUGUGAGUUUUUUAUCAAAAGCUAAAUUUUUAAAAUCACUUUCAAAAAAAAGCAAAAAUAAAUUCUGAUUUUUCAGCACAUGCCAAAUUUGGGAGGCGAUCAAUCGAUGGGAAUGUUGAGAAAUGAUUAUCCAAUGGCACAGCUGGAUUCGAUUUGUCCAGGAUGUUCACGUCCAGUUAUGCCAAGCUCUCAAACUCUUAGCUGCAUGUACAGUGAAUGCAAGCACGUUUAUCAUAAGGUUAGUUAGCGAGAUUCUGAAAUUUUCAUAAUUUUCAUUCAAACCUGUUUCCAGGAAUGCACCGGAUUGUCGCCAACUGCUCUCAGCCAUUUGGAGCAAGAAGCUGGAGCUGCUCGAUGGGUGUGUCCACCGUGUGCACCAAUGAUGAAACAACGCGAAAACAACGUGUUCAAUAACAUCUAA